UAACAUCAACUGGCAGGAUAUAUCUCUUUAGAGGCAGUUCCAUUGAGAAUGUUUGGGUUGAGUAAGAUUGGGGAGGGUGUGUGUAACCCUCGGUUUAGUGCAACUGGUUCGUCGGUGACCCAGUCAGUACCGGGAGCUCAGUCUGGUGACAGGUACACUGUCUGUGUGGUGUUUAUCAACAACGAGUGCAUGAAUCGUACAGAUGACACUAUCAGAGUUCCGGUGCAACUGCUCACCAAUCCACAAGUAUCUGUUGGUGAUAGUUCUGUCUCAAUAGUAGUCAGUGUAUCUCCCUCUCCCCCCAUGAGUCUUGACUCCCUAUCCAUACUCGCAACUAUUGAUCCCCCUCAUGCUAGUGCUGUGUUGGCAAACUACUCCACAUCAUCUCAACAGUACAUGGUGAUGUUCGAUGGUCUCAUUUCUGGAACAAUCUACAUUUACGACAUAAGGGCGAUACUCAAGAAUGACUCUACCACCACUAUUGGUCUACUGGUGACUGGAUCCUUCACUGUUCCAGCAUGUGGCACAGUUUGUGUAACCGUGGUUAUUGUAGUGAGUGCAGUACUACUAGUGGUUGCUGUUUUUUGCCUAGCUGGAGGCUUCGGUGCUUACAAGUACAAAAACAGAUCUAAAGAUUGGUCAGUGAGAUCGUUCAAAUCCGAAAACACAGAGAAGCAUGAACUUACACAUAGCUUACCCCCUCCAACACCUGACUCCUUGUACGCUGACCCCAAAUCCAUUGAGCACCAGGCAGCCCCGGGCACUGAGGACCAGUACGCCAUUGUCGAUAAAAACGGCAAGAAAAACACAAAACCAAACCCAACUCCACCAGAAGCUGUGUAUCAGGACCCCUGCACGAUUGAGCACGAGACCGCUGCCUCUGGAGUUAUGUAUGCCGUGGUGGACAAGCCCAAGAGGUCCUCCAAGAAGAAGGGAGGGCCGGAUGUGGUUCCCCCAGCCAGCGAGGGGAGUACAUGUAAGCGUAUUGAAGAAGCUAACUCCAGCCAGCUUCCUCAGGAACUUUAUUCAGAGGUGUUUGACGCAUUACCAAAAGGGAUGGCUACUGAAGUUGUGAGGAAUGGGACGAAAAACUAACUGAAUUUUAUAUAUAUACAGUGAUGUAGUUAUAGCAACAGGUGCUCAUUUUAACCUCAUAGUGUAGUUAGCUUACACUAUAAAUCCUUUAAUCAUGCAUUAUUCAUUAUGUUUGUCGCUGUAAGAAUCAAUUUAUCUUUAUACAA